AGGAGCAACAGAGUAAAGAGAAAUACAGAGAGGCAGAGAGAUCCACACACAUCAGUAGCUGCAAGAGGACAAGAGCAAGAGAGGAUAUAAAAGGAGGGGAGGACGGACAGAAUAGAGACAGGGAGACAAGAAGAAACUAAAGUAAAAGACACAAAGAAGAAAGUGAAAGGCUGUGGGAGUUGUUGCUCGGCUGGGAAUCCAUCCAGCAGACUGCUGAGACUUCAGUUUUCGCCCAAGUGAACGUACAAAAACCAGUGUGACUGGGACUCUACUGGGAGGACAGACUGGUUUCUACCCACAGUGAGCAGACUGCUGAGCACCAUGGCUGACAACGUGAAUGAGGAGUCUGAUUAUAACCCGGGGAAAGAUGAGCUGGACUGGGGCUACGAGGAAGAAUGGGGACUCCACUUCCCAGCAGCCAACGGCGAGUACCAGUCUCCCAUUAACUUGAACUCCCGGGAGGCUCAGUAUGACCCGUCCCUCCUGGAUGUCGGCCUAUCGCCAAACUACGUGGUGUGUCGAGACUGCGAGGUCAUCAACGACGGACACACUGUGCGCAUCAUUCUCAAGUCCAAAUCAGUGGUUACUGGGGGUCCGUUGCCUAGUGAUCAUGAGUAUGAGCUUCAUGAGGUUCGAUUCCACUGGGGCAAAGAGAACCAGAGAGGAUCAGAGCACACUGUCAACUUCAAGGCUUUCCCUAUGGAGCUCCACCUGAUCCACUGGAACAGCACUCUGUUUAACACUUUGGAGGACGCUCUCGGGAAGAAGAAUGGAGUCCUCAUCAUCGCUCUUUUUGUGCAGAUCGGUAAGGAGCAUCUGGGUCUGAAGGCAAUCACUGAAGUUCUACAGGACCUGCAAUAUAAAGGGAAGAACAAGAUAAUCCCCUGCUUCAACCCCAACACUCUGUUACCUGAUCCUUUACUGAGAGACUACUGGGUGUAUGAAGGAUCUCUGACCACACCACCUUGUAGUGAAAAUGUGACCUGGAUCCUCUACCGCUACCCUCUCACCAUCUCACAGUUACAGAUCGAGGAGUUUCGGAGGCUGCGGUCCCAUUUCAAAGGGGCAGAGUUGCUAGAAGGCAAUGAUGGGUUGUUGGGGGACAACUUCCGUCCUACACAGCCACUCAGUGACCGGACGGUUCGUGCUGCCUUCCAGUGACUCGCACUUUCCACUGAUGACACAGGAAAACUAUGAGGCCUACACAUACAAGUAUAGAAGGAGAGAAGAAGGAAGAGGUGUGAAGAGAGGAACGGAAAGAGAGAGAGAGAGAGAGAGAGAGAGAGAGCAAAAGUUGAUGUGCUUAUAGAUCAGCUGCAGACUGAAGGUGGACAAAGAAACUAUUGAUCUCACACCCCCAUUGUGCGUUGUGUGUGUGUGUGUGUGUGUGUGUGUGUGUGUGUGUGUGUGUGUGUGUGUGUAGGUGUGUCUUUUUCUGCAUAACCUCUCCCCAUCUCAUUCUUACUGUAUAUAUAAGUGUAGCAUCCUCCAUGAGCCUGAGUGUGUACUGUAGGUAUAUGUUGAGUAUUAUUGUGCUAAUGUGUGUGUGUGUGUGUGACCAGAUUAGAUGAUAGGAGGCUUUACAACGGGCUCUGCUGUAAAAACAAGAGGAAACAUGAACCACAAGAUGUCCCUGAACACACACACACACACACACACACACACACACUGACACACAUUUAAACUUAACUGCACUGACAGACAGAGUGUAACAGAGACACUGAAACACACAGGUUCACACACUCAACAUACACACACGUGCUGCAUACAUAUUAUGUGCGUACACCUGAGGCUGGUGUAUUUCUUUCUAUUUUGUUUUGAAUUAUUUGAAUGUGAAAUUGAAAUCAACAUAAAAGGGAAAUAUCUAAAAACUAAAGAUAAACAGAGCCAAAUUUCUAUAGACGAAUCCGAGCUGUAGGAGGAAGUAGGACAAUCCGCCAUUAUUGUGGUUGCACCUCUCUGGGCAACCCUCGUACAACCCUAUAACAUAUGUAAAGCAUUUCUGCCAAGUAAUCAGUUCAAGAGACGCUGUAGCAGCUGUUAUAUGUAGAAAAUAUCAUCAAAUGCCAUUAAAAUAAAGGUUUUAUACACUUUUCAGUGAAAUUUAGUUAUCCGCUGCUCCAACAACAAGUAGGAAGUAAACGCCACAAGCUUCGGAUCCAGGAAAUCUUUUCUUCUUUCCUAAAUCUUUGUUAUUGUUAAAUCCUCAUGUUUCGGUCACUUUAUGUGAUGAAUGAAAAUGAUUGGGUUGUUGUUUCAGAUCAGUAGGGGGUGCCAACAAAAGUACGGUUGUAACAAGAUUUUUUUAAAUUUUCUUUUUUUUGGGGGGGGGAUAACUGACUACUUCUGAAAUGUAUUAGUAAUUAGUUACACCACUAGUUACAGAGGAAAGUAAUAUUAUUACUGUAACAUUAUUACUAGUAUUGAACUCACCAGUGUUAGGCAGUAAGCCUAACACUGGUGAGUUCAAUACUACUGCUGUAAAGAGUUACGCAAUCCCAGCACAGAGCCAAAAGUCACAUAAUGUAGGAACAAGGCACAGACACUUAUAAAAUAAAUCAGUUAUUUUAAAGCAGAAAAGGUGACAUACUGUUGGUGCUCAGACAAAAACUGUUAAUCAUUGUUAUAUUAAACUAAACAUUUCUGCUUUCACUGUCAGUAUGAAUGUGUUCAGUUCCACUCUGCCACUGCAGUAAUGGCACUUGAACAUACUCUAUACAAUGCGCCGGAUUCAUUUAUAGAGUAACUUAACGGUAUAGAAUUUGCUAGCUUUAUGUCAGCCUAUUAGAGAAUAUACACAGUGUGUAGAGGUAUUGAGUUGGUGGUUGGGUUCACAUUGAUUUCCAUCUGUUAAAGUGUGUAAUAUGGUUUAAUAGUUACUUUUUAAUGAGUAUGUUAAGACUGCUUAGGUUAUUCUGGUGUUGAAGUGAGCGCAGUGCUCCAUGGGGGGAAAUCUGAAGUCAGCUGCUGAUUGAACCUCCCACCAUACACAUACAUUUAGUUCACAUUACAUGAAUUUUGACGUCUCACAUGUACACACCUGACCUCUAACUGCUCAACAGUCACAUAUCAAACUGAUAGAAUUGUUUUGCUGCAUUAGUGUCCUGCUCAUCCAAAGCCUUGUGAAUUUUAAUCUGUGGGUUGCUUGCUGUGUUCAUCAUUAGUGUUGAUGGUCACAUACAUACUGUACAAGUAAAUGAUUACAAAUCAAAUUUAAUAAUAAUAAUAAUUUCCUGUUCAAACUGGAUGAAUACACAAACUGAAACUACAGUCUACAUGUUGAAUAUCGCUGUCCGUCUUUAUAGUGGCUGUAUCAUUUUGGACCCUCUGCAGAUUGUCUAUAGGCUAAGUGUUGAUUGCAGUCCAAUCAGAUAUGGUCCAGUUAUUCUUAUCUGUAUCAUUAAUAGUGUUCAUAUCACUGUCUUUAUUAUCUGUGUGUCAGAACAAGUUGUCAUUGUGUAAAGAAUGUAAUUCUGAACACUUUUCCUCUUUUUUUUCUUUAAAUAAAAAUGGUCAAGUGUAGAUGACAGUGAAUGUCUUCACAAAAUAUGGACUAUUAGCAGCUUCAACCCCCAUUAACAUCAGUGCUCCACUGCUCCCAAGUACUGCACUGAAAGUGGGAAGAGUUACAAGCACAGCUUUUACGUGUGUGUAUAUCAACCCCAUUUAUACCUGGAAUUAAAAUGCCAUCUGUAUCUGGAGACAUUAUCUGGAUGAGGUGCAUAAAUGCAUUGGGAUCAGAAUGUGAAUGAGUCAGCCAGACCCCAUUUGGAGACAGUCAGGCUUGGAUUGUGAUCAGAUCUCAGCCAGGUGUUAAUGUCACAUUUUUAAAGGUCCAGUGUGUAACAUUUAGGAGGAUCUAUUGGCAGAAAUGGAAUAUAAUAUUCAUAGGUAUGUUUUCAUUAGUGUAUCAUCACCUGAAUAUAGGUAUUGUUAUGUUUUUGUUAUCUUAGGAUGGAGGACCACCAUGGACAAACCAAGAUAAUUUGGGGGAAUUUUGUGUUUUUCACAAGUUUUGUGGCCACCAUAGUUCCUCCUACACACUUCCCAUUCUCAUUCCCAAGUCGUCAAAUACAGACGUGAGUGGUGUUCAGUUAGUUGCAAUUUACAAUUUCAUCAGUAGAUGCCACUUAAUCGUACAAGCUGUACCUUUAAGAUGUGUUCUCAUCCCAGCUCAUAAGAAACUGCCUUUAUUUUGUCAUGCCCCUUUGCGUUAUAGACAGAAGCACAAGGUACCCUUAGCGUCUUUAUGAGUGGUUCAUAUUCUGAAUGGUCACAGUCUGGUUAGAGAACAAAAAUACAUGGUCAGGUUUAAGUCACAAUUUGGGUUAAGAUAAGAGGUUUACACGAUGCAAGGAGGAAGUUUUCAGGGCACAUCCAACUGGGAGAAGACCCCAGUACUCGCUUGAGGGAUUAUAUAUCUCAUCUGGCCUGGGACUACCUCGGGACCCACCAGGAGGAGCUGGAAGGCGUUGCUGGUUAGUGGGACAUCUAGAGUGCCCUGCUUGUGUGGACUAAUUUGACAAAUUUGACAGAGCACAAUUGAGAUAACAAGAACACAUUUUAAUAUCAGGUAUAAAUGCAAAGAUCCAUGGAUCAGAUGUCAAUAUCCUAAAUAAUGCAUUCAGAUUAUAUGUUAAUAGCAGGUGUAAAUGGGGCCACUUGUGUGUUUGUUUGUGAGGUGUGUGUGUGUGUGUGUGUGUAGUCUCUUAAGGUACUGUGUCUGACAAACUGAGCUAAAAUAAACUGUGACAACUGAUGACUGUUACUGUAAAGCAACAAUAAACUACAACACUGACUUAGUAAAA